CAGAUUACAGUUGCAGGUGUAUAGAAUAAACAAAAAUCGUUAAAUGGCAAAUUAAUAUUUGUUUUCUAAUAAAAAAGAAUAAGAAAAGAAAAAAGAAUUUAUCGGAAAUGUAAAUAAAGUGAAAAUUCUAUUUAAAGAAUUGGAAAUUAUCUCGAUUUUUUGCUAAUAUGGAUAAAAUAAGUUUUCUUAAUUCAAAUGAUUCAGAGAAAAUAAAAUCUGAUAAAUUUCGAUCAUCGUCAGAGAAAUCAAAAUCAAAAUUGAAAAAGAAACGAAAAAAGGAAAAACGAGAGAAAAAAUUGAAAAAGAAGAAAAAGAAACAUCGAAAAUCAAGUUCCGAUGAGAGUUCCAGUGACAGUGACGAUGAGCAAUGUGUAAAAAAAGUAAUCGAAUCAAAUGAACAAGAAUCAUCAUUUAAAAAACCCUUGGAGAGAGAAGAAUGGAUGAGUCUUCCUGGAAUAUUUCCAACAAUUUCAAAUGAAGGUAAAAGAGAUAAAAAUAAAUCGAAAAAAAGUGAAGAGGAAAAAUAUAUUCUCGAUAGACCAGGUCAAAGUGGAAGGGAAUUAAAUCCAUAUUGGAAAGAUGGUGGCACUGGUUUACCAGAAGAACAAAAUGCCAGUAAAAAUCAAACAAUGGAUAUUAAUUGGUUAAAAAAAAGUCUUCAAAGAGCAAAAGAAAUGGCUAGUGAAAAAGGAAUUCCUCUUGAACAAGUUGCAGCAGAAAGAUGGGGGUCUUUGGAAAAUAUUCUAUCAAUGAUAAAUGAAGCAGAAAAAAUGAAUUCAAAAAGUCAUCGUAGAUUUGAUAAAUUUUCCGAUUCUCGUGAUUAUCAUCACAAAAGACAACAUAAUUCAAAUGAAAGAUCAGCGUUUAAAAAGCCAAAAGCCGAUGAUAGUUAUUCGUUUUCAUCGUCGAAACGUGAUUCAAGUGGUCCAAAAAAAUGGCAGAAACCAGAAAUACGUGAAAAAUUAUUAAAAGAAAAAUAUGAAUCAAUUGAAGCUUCUAAAAAGAAUUUGUCAUCCAAUCAUGAAAUUAAUUCAGACAAUGAAAUUCUUACUGAGGAAGAGAUGAAUAAAUUGGGGGCUAAAAUUGUAAAAGCCGAAAUUAUGGGCAAUAAUGAGCUGGCAGCUGAACUGAAACUUAAAUUACAAAAAGCGAGAGAGACACGUAAAUUGGAAUCAACUAGAGACAAAGAGGAAACUGUUAUUUUAACUCGAACUGAUGCUAAAGGUGUGACGCGACCCUUGGAGCCAAGAGCGGAUUCCUCAGACUCGAGUAAAGAAAGAAAACGAAAGAAAAUGGUCCAAACUCAUUCGAGCGGUGAAAGAGUUCGAUAUUUUGCCGACGAUGACAAAUUUUCAUUGAACGAAAUGUUUCAUCAUGAAAGAGGAAAAUCGUCAAAGGAAGAUGAUGAAAUGUUUGUUAAACUCGCCUCAAAGAGUGGAGAUAUGGAUGAAUUAUUUGAGCAGAAUAUUACUUAUAAAAAUUCUGACGCUAAACAAGAUGCACGUGAUCGUUCGCAAGCAAUAAAGGAGCAUAAGAAGAAAAUAAAAAGUUUGGAAAAUUGUUUAUGGUGUUUGGAUUCACAGAGAUUAUUGAAGCACAUGAUUAUUGCCGUUGGUUCACAUGUUUAUUUAAGUCUUCCUGCAUAUUCUUCCCUAACAACUGGACAUUGUUUAUUGUCGCCAAUGAGUCAUGUUCUUUGUCAAACGCAAUUAGACGAGGAUGUCUAUGCAGAAAUAAAAAUUUUUAAAAAAACAUUAACAAAAAUGUUUGAAGUAUACAAAAAAAUUCCCGUAUUUUUCGAAGUUGCUAUGAAUUUUCAUUCUUAUCCCCACAUGCAAGUGAUAUGCGUUCCUUUAUCAUUGGACGAGGGAAAUUUGGCACCUAUGUAUUUUAAGAAAGCAUUACUGGAAUGUGAAUCAGAAUGGUCGAAUAAUAAAAAAAUUGUUGAUCUCAAAGAAAAAGAUAUUCAACGAGCAAUUCCAAAAGGUUUACCAUAUUUUGAAGUUGAUUUUGGAAAUCAUUCUGGCUUUGCUCAUGUAAUUGAAAAUGAAAAGUUAUUUCCAAAAAAUUUUGCUCAGGAAAUAAUCGGUGGAAUGUUAGACGUUGAUUAUAGUUUAUGGCGUAAACCAAGACGAGAAAAUUUUGAGGAUCAAACAAAAAAAGUUAUUGAAUUUACAGAAAUGUGGAAACCAUACGAUUUCACAGGAGGUAAUAAAUUGUAAUAAUAGUAAUUUGUACAAUUUGUUAUACUAGUUAUUGUAUUAAUAACUAAAAAAACAUUAAAUUGAAAGAAAUGUCAA